GAGAAUUUGGCGCCAGAAGGCGGGUCACGUGGUUGGGAGUUGUUUGUGGUGCGCAGUGAGCUCCGAGCGGGAGGGACGAAGCGGCCGCCAUGCUGAAGAGGCUAACGGUGGAUCAGAUCGCCGAUUGGUUUACCAUCGGGAAAGACGUGUCCGAUGUCAAGCUGCUGGGCACCUGGACAGGGCCUAGCCUUGCUCCGGCGCCCGAGGAGGAGGAUGAGAGGAGCCGGAGGAGGCGCAAGGGGGCACGUUAUGAAAAUGCAUAUGUUCAGGAGUUCAGAAAUCUAGAAGUUCAAGAACUGAAAACUUACAGCAGGGCUGAUUGCGGUCAAAAAGCUAAUGGAGUAAAGGAGAUGCCGGCCUCAGAUCAUGAUUUUGCAUAUCCAGUUUUGCCAAUAUUGAAAAACAGAGAAGAGUUGAUCGCUCUUAUUGAGUACAAUUCAGUGGUGAUUAUACAGGGUGCCACUGGCAGUGGUAAAAGCACUCAGCUGCCCCAGUACAUCCUUGAUCACCACAUGCAAAAUUCCAAUUACUGUAACAUUGUGGUGACUCAGCCCAGAAAAAUUGCUGCAUGUAGUAUUGCCACGUGGAUUAGCAAAGAGAGAAAAUGUGUUCUAAGUGGCUUAAUCGGUUAUCAGAUAGGAUUGGACAAGAAAGCUACGUCAGACACACGUUUGAUCUAUAUGACAACUGGUGUUCUUCUGCAGAAAAUAGUUAGUGCAAAGAGCCUGACUGAAUUUACUCACAUUUUCAUUGAUGAGGUCCAUGAGCGCACAGAAGAAAUGGACUUUCUCCUGAUGAUUGUUCGCAGACUCUUGCGCACCAAUUCGCGAAUGGUUAAGGUGGUUUUGAUGUCUGCUACUAUAAACUGCAGAGAGUUUGCAGAUUAUUUUGCCACACCAGUCCUCAACAAAUUGGUCCCAGCAUACAUUUUCAAUGUUGAUGGAAAGCCAUAUGACGUUGAAGUGUUUUACCUCAAUGAUUUGAAGCAUAUUCCUGGGCAUAAGUUGGAGGCUGCAGCUCAGACAUUUGAUGAACCAGCGAUUAGUAUGGAAAUGUUUGACAUUGCAAAAACUUUGAUACAGCUCUUUGAUGACAUGGAGAAAGAAGAGAGUCAAAAACCAGGCUUCACCAGAUCAGGCACAGAAUCAAACAGCGUUUUGGUGUUCUUGCCAGGCAUAUUUGAAAUCAACUAUAUGCAUGAGCUGUUCACAAGCAUGUUUCAGAAAAGGUUACAUGUUUAUCCCCUGCAUUCAAGCAUCACUCUGGAUGAACAGAACAUGAUUUUCAUGGCUCCAGUUCCGAGCUACAGAAAGAUAAUUUUGUCAACGAACAUUGCUGAGAGCUCUAUCACUGUACCGGAUAUUAGAUAUGUGAUUGAUUUUUGUUUGACUAAAAUGCUAAUGUGUGAUGAGGAGACAAACUACGAGAGCUUGAGACUGAGCUGGGCGUCCAAAACUAACUGUGAUCAGAGAAAAGGUCGAGCAGGACGUGUUUCUAAAGGCUAUUGCUACAGGCUUGUGUUGAAGGACUUCUGGAAUAAUUUCAUACCUGAGAAUGUUGUUCCAGAGAUUUUGCGAAGCCCUUUGGGAAGUACUAUCUUGAAGGUGAAACUUCUUGACAUGGGAGAGCCUAGAGCCUUGCUGGCUACAGCCCUUUCCCCUCCUAAUGUUUCUGACAUUGAACGCACUAUACUUUUGCUCAAGGAGGUGGGUGCUUUGGCAGUAAGUGGAAAACAGGAAGAGAACCCAUAUGAUGGAGAGCUCACGUACUUGGGGAGAGUUCUGGCUCAGUUACCUGUUGACCUUCAACUUGGAAAGCUCAUUGUCCUUGGCCACGUUUUUGGAUGUCUGGAUGAGUGUCUUAUUAUUGCUGCCGCUCUUUCAUUAAGAAACUUCUUUGCAAUGCCCUUCAGACAGCACCUUGACGGAUACAGGAGCAAAUUGAGUUAUGCUGGUAAUAGUAGGAGUGAUUGCAUUGCUCUUGUCAAUGCUUUCCGGUUUUGGCAAGAUUGCAAGGAGAGAGGUGAUCUUAGAAAUCCCAAGGAUGAAAUGGAAUGGGGCAAAUCAAACUACUUUCAGAUCAAAAGAAUAAAAGAGGUGGCUGCCUUGUAUGAUGAGCUGAAAAAGCGAGUUGCUCAUUUCAACAUGCAUGUUAAUGAACGAGCAAGCUUGGAUCCAGACUACAAGCACAAGCAGCGCUUCAUACUCCAGGUUGUUAUAGCCGGGUCGUUCUACCCAAAUUAUUUUACAUAUGGCCCAUCAGAUCAAGAGUCCGCUAUUCGAGAACUUGGAGGCAAGGAUCCAAAGACUACGAUUGUGCUAAAGAAUGUUCCACCAUAUGGAUUUCUUUACCACAAGCAGAUGCAGUCUCUUUUCAGACAAUGCGGUCAAGUAAAGUCUAUUUUAGUUGAUGGUUCAAGAGCAUUUGUGGAGUUCUCUCGCAAUCCCACUGACCGGUUUAAGACUCUCUCUGCAGUUAAUCUAGCGGUUAAGAUGGCAAUGAUGAAAGUUCCUCUUGCAUUAAAUGUCCAUUCUGCUGAGGCCAUUGAAAAAAGUUCUAAAGAUGUCACUGAUUUAAAAUCAUCCAGAUUUGUUGUGGACUUUUACAAGCAGACAGUAGAACCACUUCACGUUUCCCAGACCUUUACAGAACUGUCAGAUACCAUUGAAGGGCUUGUUUUAUCCAUCAGUGUUACUGAGGUAGUUGAAGUUGGCCAUUUCUGGGGCUAUCGUGUUGAUGAUCGAAACUCUGAUGUGCUUGGACUCCUAGCGGCAGAUAUUAACCACCAGGAGCUUUUGCCUUUGUCUACAAGUCCUCAUCCAGAUCUGAUUUGUUUGGCACCCUUUAAAAAUUAUGACCACCCAGAGUACUACAGGGCCCAGAUAUUGUACAUAUCCGGAAAAGAGGCAGUGGUGUUUUUUGUGGACUAUGGCAAUCAGUCGAAAGUUGAAUUGAGCUCUUUGAGGAACAUUCCCAGCCAUCUUCUGGAUCUUCCUUUUCAGGCCCUGGAGUUCAAGAUCUGUAAGAUGCGCCCAUCUGCAAAGUCAAUGAUCUGUGGAGAGCAGUGGAGUCGUGAAGCCUGCUUGAAGUUCAACUCCUUAGUUAAUGGUUCUGCUCUUGUGGUGAAAGUGUUCUCCAUUGUACAUAGCAUUCUGCAUGUUGAUGUCUACCGCUACGUUGAAGAUCUUGAGGAAGUCAGUAUAAGAGAUAUACUUAUUGCAGAUGGUUAUGCCGAGUCUGCAGAGGAGACAUUUGAAUCAAAACAAAGCAAUGAAUUGCUGAAAGAGCUAUUUUCUGUGAGUAACAGAGGUGAAAUAAAACACGUGCGUGGUUUUGACAAGAAGAGCGAGAAGGAACUCAUUGAUGGCCUCCUGGAAAGCUACCAGAACAAGCAGUUUGGAUAUCCAAAUAACAAGGCACUCCUUUAUGGACCAUACCAUCCCUAUAAAAUAAUUUUUCACAGCCUAUUAAAAGUUUCCAAGUUCAGAUCUGUUUGGAUUGAGAAAGAAAGUAUCAACUCUGUAGUUGUUAACGAUGCUCCGGAGGAAUCUCAUCAAAGAAUGUUUGUUGCUGCAUCCCUUUCCGUAAAUGCAACUGGCUCUUUGCUAAUGCUGCGGGAAACGUCUUUGCUUCCAUCUAUUCCAGGAUUGCCAGCACUUAUUACUAUGCUGUUUGCCCCUGUAAUUGAGCUAAGAGUUGAUGACAAGAGAAGAGAGUACACAGGUGCCCUCUGUGGUCUAGGUUGGCAUUGCAGAAAUCUUGCAGUAUGGCCAGAACAUGACAUUGAACUAGCUUUUGAUGUCCGCUUCACCACUGAAGAUCUUGUGAAGAUAAAUAUGAUAAGGUCAGCUGUAAACAAAUUGGUUUGCUACAGUCUUGGUGGCUCUGUCCGCAAUGAAUGUACUGGACGGCUUCAGGAAGAUAUUCGGGAGCAGCUGUUGAGUUUGUUUCAAAAGGCGAAACCUUCUGAGGUGAUCCCUGUGAAGUGCUUUGAGAACCUUUACCAGUGGAACCAGGUGGAGACAAGAUACCUCGUGGGUCAGUAUGAAAGUGCUGAAGAGGAUGAAGAGAGUAAUUCUCGCAUUUACCAACUGCACAAGUCUGUACUGUUAGAUUCUUAAAAAAAAAAUUAUACCCUUUCUUUGGAAACCCUGCAGGUCACAAAAUAUAGCAAGUUUAGUCUUUUUUCAUUUAUUGAAACAAAAAUAACUGACAAUUGUAAUAAAUGUUACUGAUGUUUUUUUUUUUAUCUUUUUGUUCUUGGAUUUUUUGCAAUGUAAAAAUGUUACUUUGGGUAUAAAAAUAAACGCUUGUGUUUAUGAAGCA